AUGGAAUCUAAUAAAAGGUCUCGUGAUCAAGUCGACUCGGAAGAAAAAGAAGUAAAAAGAAGAGAAGUUUCUCUGGAAAAUGACUCGAACGUGGAAUUAAAAGGAACUGCAUUCGGUUCAAUUGAUACAAUAAACAAAAUAAUACAAUUUCAAAUCGCAGCUGGACAUAUAAGUGGAGAUGCAGUGGAUGCACUUCAAAUAGAGAAGGUGGUAAACAAGACGAGAAUACCACUCAGCCAGAAUUAUAUACCAAUCGAGUCAGUGGAAGAGGAGCAAGAAUAUGUGUCAGAAGAGGAUUUUAGACUGGAAAGAAUAAAACAACUACUCUCAAAGCCAGCACGAGUGCAAGUGAAGGACUACAACAACUCGUCCUACAUCGAAGGGAACCAGACGUACAACAUAUGGUACAACAAGUGGUCAGGAGAGAGGAACAACGACUACGUAAACGGAAGAACGAGUCUGGCGCCAGCAAUGUACUGCUGCGACCCAGAUACAGACUCGGGAUACACGAGGGCAAACGCAAAGCACUCAGUGGACGACGCAGGAACGAAGUACAUAUGCCUCUUCUUCGCAAAGGGCUGCUGCAGCCAGGGCAAAAACUGCAACUACCUGCACAGAGCGCCCAUCCUGGAGGACGAGUACUUUCUGGACACCUCAGUGGACAUAUUCGGAAGAGAAAGGUUCAGCAAACACAGAGACGACAUGACGGGAGUGGGCAGCUUCAACAGCAGCUGCAAGGUGCUCUUCAUCGGAGACCUGAGCGCAGACGUGAGCGCCACGAACCCAGUGGAGGACCUGAAGAUAGAACUCACGAAAAAAAUUGAAAAGUACGUCCCGCUGCAGGAGCUCAACGUGAUCAUAAACAAGGGCGUGGCCUUCGCGACCUUCGAGUCCCGCGUGUACGCGGAGUUCGCGAAGGUGGCGCUGGCGAGUCAGCCGAUGGGCGUCUACAGCACGGCGCUCAACGUGAAGUGGGCGCACGACAUUCAGAAGACGCAGAAGAAGGAGAGGAAGGACGCCAGGAACUUCGGGGACAUGGUGAGGAAGCACGAGGAGCAGCUGCGGAGGUUCCAGGAGGACUACCUGUCGGACCCGAGCUUCGUGACGAGCCUGAUCAGCAAGCACAGCGGAAACGCCGAGGUCGGCAGGAAGGAGAACGCGGAGAAGAAGAAGGAGCGCAUGGAGAAGAUUCUAGGGUCGGUGGCGGGCCUGAAGGAAGACGAGUUCAACGUGGAAAUUUGA